CCUCAGCCAUUCCGUGUGUGGAUCUGUUCGCAAAGGGCUCGGAGUGUCAAGAUGCCUUCUUUCAGCUGGCUGCUGGCUCUGUAUCUAGCAGCACUAACAGGAAACACUGAUGGUGCUGUUGCACGAGAAUCAACUGAAAGAAACUGCUCUUCGACCCCACCGUACCUCCCCAGCACAGCAGUAAACACCUCUCUCCAGCUGGAGGAGCUACGAGUGCAAAUGCGUGCCAUGAAUAUUUCUGCCUACAUUAUCCCUGCCACCGAUGCUCACCUGAGUGAAUACAUUGCACCACGUGAUGCCAGGUUGGCCUUCAUGACUGGUUUCACUGGUUCUGCAGGCACUGCCGUAGUUACCCUGAACAAGGCCGCUCUGUGGACAGAUAGCCGCUAUUGGGUUCAAGCUGAGAGACAGAUGGACUGCAACUGGGAGCUGGAAAAAGAUGUGUCCAUCAGCAGUGUGGCAGAGUGGCUUAUCUCACAAGUGCCAAAGGGUGACGAGAUCGGCUUUGAUCCCUUCCUCUUCUCUCUCAAAACGCAGGAAGACUACAACAUCAAUCUGGAGUCGAGCGAUCGCAGCCUCAAGUCCAUCACCGAGAACCUGGUCGACAAAGUGUGGAAGGAAAGACCAUCGGUCCCGCCUGACAGCCUCACCCGCCUGCCUGACCGAGUCAUACAGAGGACCUGGCAGGAGAAAGUGGAGCACAUACGGACUCAGAUGGGGGACAGUCCAUACAAGCCCACAGGCCUGCUGCUUUCAGCGCUGGAUGAAACGGCUUGGCUUUUCAAUAUGCGUGGCAAUGACAUCCCUUACAACCCUUUCUUCUACUCCUACACUCUACUCACAAUGGAUGAGAUCUGGCUCUUUCUCCACAUGGAGCGAGUGAGUGAAGAGUUGAAGGUGUACUUGAAUGCCUCUUGUGAAGGGGCCCUCUGUGUGCAACUAAAAGGUUAUGAUACCAUCCUCGAUCAUCUGAAGAACUAUGUGACCAGGCCUGAGGUUAAGGUGUGGAUCGGUACAGAGUACACAAACUACGCUCUUUAUGAGGUCAUUACACCACAGGACAAACUAUUGACAAGUUCCUACUCUCCUGUGCUGACGACAAAAGCUGUGAAAGAUGAGACUGAGCAGCAGAUUUUACGGGAUGCUCACGUGAGGGAUGCCGUUGCUGUUAUCCAGUUCCUGAUGUGGCUGGAAAAGAGCGUGCCAGAGGGGAGUGAGACUGAACUGACCGCUGCAGAAUACGUCGACAAGUGCCGCAGCAAACAAAAGGACAGCAGAGGCCCAAGCUUUGGCACCAUAUCUGCAAGUGGACCUAAUGCUGCUCUUGCCCAUUACAGCCCUACUAAAGAAACAAACCGGAGGUUGACAGUUGAUGAGAUGUACCUGGUUGAUUCUGGUGGCCAGUAUCUAGAUGGCACCACUGACAUCACUCGGACGGUUCACUGGGGAAAGCCCACAGAAAUGCAAAAGGAGGCCUUCACUCGAGUGCUGAUGGGAAACAUCGAGAUAUCCAGAACCAUUUUUCCCUCUGGGACAAGAGGUGUGAACAUGGAGAUGCUGGGUCGCCGGGCAUUGUGGGAGGUGGGCCUGAACUACGGCCAUGGCACAGGUCAUGGUGUCGGAAACUACUUCGGAGUUCAUGAGUGGCCUGUUGGCUUCCAAAGCAACAACAUUGCCUUCAGAGCCGGCAUGUUCACGUCUAUCGAACCUGGAUAUUAUAAGGAGAAUGACUUUGGGAUCCGGAUUGAAGAUGUUGCAGUGGUCGUACCAGUUCAGACAAAGUAUGGAAAUAACUACCUGACCUUUGACACUGUAUCACUGGUUCCAUAUGAUAGAAAGCUGAUUGACACGUCACUGCUCAGCUCAGAGCAGCUUCACUGGCUGAAUAAAUACUACGAGACAAUCCGGACCCUGGUGGGUCCUGAGCUGGACAAUCAGGGCCUUCAUGAGGAGAAGGACUGGAUGCUUAAAAACACGGAGCCUUUCGCUGAGAUUGGCUCGUCUGCCUCCGUCUCUUCCUCCUCGUUGACCCUCAUCGCUCUGGCCGUCGCUCUGCUCCACAAUAUCAUCUGAGCAUCUCCGUCUCCACUGCACUCACUCCAUUCGCAGCAGACUAGCACACUGUUACUCCUAUGCAGUCUCAGUUGAGCAGCUAUACCGGGUUGAGAGAUGCAAUUUAGCAUUUUUUUUAAAUUGAAAGAUAUAUUUAAUAAUUUAAUUAUGUUGGUAAAUGUUUGAUGUGGAGUUUUAAAUGAUUUGUUGUGAUUUUUGGGGUUUUAAACUGGACAUUUGUAUGACCAGAUAAUAUCGUUUCUAUUUUAUUAAAGUAAGACUCUUUAAAAAAGGGUUUGUUAAGGAACUUGCAAAGUGGUUUUAUUUGUUUCUCACCAGUCUACACUGAAAAAAAGGCCAUGUUGGAUUUACUUAAUUCGAUAGUGGACAUUGUUUGCACACAAGUGUUUUGCUUUGGCAGAAACUUAAACAAUUGAGUUCAAUCAACACAACUUAUUCAUAUUCAACAAACCUGUGCAUUUUGUGUUGAUAAAACGCGAUUGAAACAUGUUUAGAUGAAGUAAGGUGAGCUCUUGGAAAAUUUUAAUCCUUCGCAAUUUUGUCAUUUUAUUUCAACCCUAUUGAAUAACUUUUACCCCAAUAUUACAUGUUGUCUUCAUAUUACAUAAUGUUCAACAAAGUCUAGAGUCUGGUUAACAUAGGAAUUGAAUGGAUCUAAAAUGACUAACGGCCUCCUUGCUGCAGAAUUUCCAUCUUUACCCAGGUUGCAGGGGGGUUUGGGCAUAACCCAGAAGUGAUAGGUUAAGAGGCAGGGUACACCCUGGACAGCUUACCACUUACCAGUCUAUCACAUAGAGACAAACAACCAUUUGCACUCACAUUCACAGGUAAUUUAGAAUCACAAAUUAACCUAACAACUGCAUGACUUUUAACUGUGAGAGGAAACCAGAAUACCCAGAGAGAAACCACUGCAAACUAGAUUGAACAAUCCAGACUGUGGAUUUGACCAGGACCUUCUUGCUGUAGGCAACAGCACUAACCACCAUGCCACCAAUCCAGGCUUAACAAAUGUAGGAAAGCUCUGAUUUCAAGGCUUGAUUCAGAAUUUUCUGUACAUCUUUGUUCUUGACAGGUUAGACCACAAUAAAUAGCGAUAGCAUACACGUGGUGUGUGUGUGUGUGUGUGUGUGUGUGUGUAGUUGUCUGCCUAUAAUAACUCCAGUGAUUUUCCUGCAGUUUGAAAUUUCCUGCGAUCUUGUGAAUUUCAUGAGUCCAGCAACUAACCACUCUUACUAGGUUGUAUCAUGUCAUCUCAACAAGAACAAAUUAGGUUUUUGAAUUUCGACUUGACUGAGAUGGAUGCCUUCCUCAAACCACGAUCCAAAGUGUUCAAAGCUGAAAUCCCGUGCAGUGUCGCGGGAUUUAACAUUGCUAUAUUAUUGAUUUACUUCACUUGAACAUGAUAUGAACAAUUUAA